AUGUCACAUCUAGACUACAUGCGCCUAGCCCUGUCUUGCGCCCGCAACUCACCCNCCAAACCCACAAACUACUGCGUCGGCGCCGUGCUCGUCUCCCCUUCCUCUCCAGAACCCAUCCUCGCAACAGGCUACACCCUCGAACUCGCCGGCAACACCCACGCCGAGCAAUGCUGUCUCGUAAAGCUGGCCAUGAGUAUGAAUAUCAGUGAAGAUCAUGUGGGCUCCAUCAUGCCCGAAGACACUGUCUUGUACACUACAAUGGAGCCGUGCGAUUUCCGUCUAUCUGGGAAUCUGCCUUGUACGGAACGGGUCUUGUUGACGAGGAGUGCCGCGAGUACGGGGCACAAAGGGAUUCAGAAAGUGUAUAUUGGUGUCAAGGAGCCUGAGAAGUUUGUGGGCGAGAACAAGGGCAGGAAAAAGCUUGAGGAUGCUGGUGUGCAGGUCAUCCACAUUGAGGGUCUUGAACAAGACAUCUUGAAAGUCGCUACGGCAGGUCACGUCAAGACCGAAGAAGAGCAAUAA